ACAAGAUCGUUAUUUUCGUAAUAUUCUCACGGAGAGGUUAAUAAAAUUAUAGAAAAAAAAAUUAAUUGUGCAGGAAGAAGAUCCGACGUCUGCAAAUAUUAGUUGAUUAAUAUCUAUAAAAGAUUAAUUGCUCUUCUUUUACACCGUUGUGCGCAUCGGUGCAUGAAAGAAAGAGAAGUAAUUCGACGAAAUUCCCCUUUAUUUUCUUCGAUCUUUACUUUUGCACUUUCUUCGUCGAUACGCAAUUGCUGUUUAACGAUGUCGAGGGAGGCAAGGUCACAUCUAUCUAACGAGGUACGUCUAAUAAUUGAUACAACGAUUGCUAACAAGUGAAGAACCGUGAAACCGGUCGAGUAAAUAAGAGAGACGAUGUUCAACGAAAUGCAUUUGUUGGUCAAUAGAAAACAGCCUUAUCUGUAACUUAUUGUUUGCGCGAUUAAAUUGAAUGGUACUCGAAAACCUCCGAACACGAAUUGUCUUUGUUUUUUAAGCUUAAUCUUUCACCAUGAGAACCUGAUGUUUGUCUACGUUGCGUUAUUGUCCAAGCAAGGGAACAUCUAAUAUCUUCAAUCUGGUUGCAUCGCGUUGGCCAUAUCUAACCGUGGGGUCCUUUAACCGAACAUACCCUUCGAACCCUUGUUGCCCUCCUGCCACGUUCUCUCUCCUCCCAUUCCCAUCAAUUUUACCUCCUAGUUGAAUUUUACCGAUUGCUGAUCCGUAUCAAUUUACAGUACGUGCAAUGGAAUUUUCAGAGUUUAGGGUUUAAUUUGUUCAGCUUGUGCAUUAGGAGGACAGACAGUUAAGAAUGUUGUUUGUGGGUUAUCGAAGGGCAUGUUCAAGAUUGAAAUGCAGGGAAGUCUCUGUAGGAGAGGGGAACACGUGUUUUCCAGUCCUGGUUGAAGCCACGUGUGAGGUGCAGGAUGUUUGUAUCUGCCGUUCGAAAUGUUCGGUUUCGUGGCGGAUGAAAAAUCAAUCAAUCAUAUUCAGUCAAUAGGGUAAUAAUUCGUUUCGCAGAGUGUGAAUGUGCUUCGAGUACGCGGCGUCACUUGGCGCCGUUUCUUCAGGGUUCGAUUCUAGAAAGACCGAUAUACAUAUGUACUCGGCGCCAUUGGGUCGUAGGGAAAGUAUCAUCCUAAGUGGAUAUAUCCGCCCAAUCCGCACUCUAAGGGUUGAGUUACGACUUGGCUAGAUCGUCGCAACGACUGUACCUCGCGGACGGUCCAAGGAUCGGCGAAAAAUCGUUCGAUCAUCAAGCAGAACGAAGCGAGGGAGCAAGCGAGGGAGCGAUGUUGGCGCGAGUGCAACUCGCGCCAUAUUCUUUGUCCUAUGACACGACGAAGUUAAAGCUCCAUGGCUAAAAUUAAACUCAGCCGCCAGGGCUGAGUGUAAGACCCGAGGCUGAGCAGGAGCAGCCGCCAGAAACCAGAGCACGUGCUUCAGCUAAGUGACGUGUGCCUUCCUCCACCUCUUCCUUCGCCAUCCUCCUCCUCAUCAUUUCCUUUUUCUCCCUUUUACACUACUACCAUCUCUUUCACUCGUUUCCAUAUUCUCCGUUUUCAAGCGUGUAACAGCUUUUUCCUAUCUCAACGGAUUCCUAAUCGCACACGUUUGCACGCAUACCCAUGAUUUAGUUGAUCUAAUUGAAUGACGUUCGAGGAACAGGAAGUGCGUUCGCUCUGCUCGCCAAACAAUUUCGUUGGCUCCGUUCAUAGGAUGAUGAAGUAGAAAGUUAUUCUUUGACACGAUGCGAAUAAUAGGCUAGAUCGUUAACAAGGUAUAUUCGCGGUCUUAUGGUGUUCUCGCGAUGGCCAGGGAACCGAUCAGAAGGAAAUUAUCGCGUCGAGAAGGAGCCGCGCGUCUCUUGGCCACCAAUGACGCAAGUAACUUACUGAUCGAUGAAGCGUAUAGCGAACACGUAUAACUCGUUGCUUUAUAGAUAAUACGUAAUAUGUGAUACGUGACACGCGGCGCGCGCUUCCAUCUGUUGCUAACAUAGAAGCGUGCUCGGUUGGGUGGCUGCGCCUCGUGUGUCCUGGAGUUGCAUUUCAUGCUGAUCAAUUUCAUCCCGUUGGAUUUUGCGAACAAGGGUAUAAUUUGAUACGCGACUCGCAAGUUCAUCUUUUAAUAUCUUCGCUACGACAGGCAGCUCAUUUUAAUUGAGAAUUGCUAUUCGUUGAAUUUAAAUAAAUAACUCUGUCUACAGUAGGGUGCAAAGUGGGAGAGGCAACUCGGACCAUUUGUCUUUGAAUCCUGUGAAAACCCAAGGAGAGGCUCACCUAGAACUUCUGGUCCUUACAAGUAAAAAACAUGGUCAGUCAUCUUCUUGGGGGUGCAUGCCCUCCUGGAUCGUUUCAGACAGAUCCACUGGAAGGUCUUGUCCUGUCGUAGAAUUUGUUUCAGUUUAUUUGAAAAACACGUUCCUCCUUUUCUCAAGGAAAACAUCAGAAAAGAAUCUUCCUCUUACGUAAUUUCGAAACGAGUCUUGAAAUUUGAUCUGUUCGUUGUCUCGGUAGAAUUAAAUUCAUCUCCGUUAAUUGAAGAGAAAUGAGAUUUUAAUUUUUAGAGAUUGUAAUUUAAAACGCUUUUAGAAUCGAGACCAGAAAUUGGAUUAAACUUUAAUUCGAUUCUGAGGAUUGUUAAUAAUUGAGAUUUUUUACUUUUUUAGAUAUCAUUUAAUUAAAGCGAGGUGUACGCUGAAAAAGGAAGCCAAGUAGUUCGAUCAACUGAUUCAUUGAUGAGAUCACGCGCCUAAAUGAGUACCACCUGGUUGAGAUUACUCGGAAAUUUUCUGUUGUUUUUCCUCGACGAUGUCUUAUUUACACCGUCAAAUUCUCAUUAAAGCGUUUCACUCCGUUAUAAGAUUAUCUUCUGGUUAGAAGAAGGGCUGUUGUUCAAGAAAUCGUAUUAGCAGCUGAGACGUUCGUAUGGCGAGGGUGUCGUCGUUUCUAGGGGAAACAAACCGCGACAAUAAUUUUUGCCUUGCUCGAAGGCGGCGACUAGAAAAGAGGAAGGCAUAAAACGACAUUGCUCUCCGGAUCGGCACGUGCCACUCGAUAAAUCUGUCGGCAGCUGACGGUACAGCCGGCUGCUGUAGCGAGUGCAGCCUCCCGCUUGCACUUGCCUUCUUCUUUCUUCUUUCUUCUUUAUUCUUCACCCCUUGUCGCGCCUCCCUCUUAUCCCUGUCUCGCUUCUUCUUAUUGCAGGAAACUCACGACCCUCCUUGAAGAGAGCAGUCUCUCUCUUCGAGGAGCACGUUUCUACCCAAUAUUGAAUUUCGCUGAAUUAUUCUUCAAUUUUUUCGUUAAAUACAAUAUCGACAUUAUACGUAUACCUUACGAUGAAACGGAUUGAACUUUCGAACUCUGGCUCUACGCUUUACAGAUAAAUGAAAUUUCCAUGAUUUUAAUGACGUUUGUAGGAACGGUGGAUAACGAUUUUCCUGGUAGUAGCUCGGAACCGCAUUAAGAGUGACUUAAAUUAAUAACGAUCGCUAUUUUGGAGAAGCUUCUAUGCUCCGUUAACCCGAUUAAAGCUCGAACACGGAGCCGAAGCGCGAGAUGGCAUAAAGAAUUCAAGCGAAAUCUUCCAGCUUGACUGACUGGCUGGCCCGGCUGAUUGGCUGAACUGAUCCCAUUGCCCGAAGUAAUUAUGGAAACUUGGACGUUACGACAGCUCUUUACAGACGCGAUUUUACAACGGCCAGGACACAUAACGACGUGAAACGGAUCUGAGAAUCACGUUAUGUCACGUCAAAUGUUCGCCAAUCUCGAUUUAUAUCGAUUACCUUUGAAUAAAAUAAAUCCUGCUUCGCAUAGCCGAAUAUUCCUAUCCGAUCGAACUUCCUUUUACAAAAUUUCACAUUUUAACCCUUUCUUUUCAGUAAUAACCCUUAAAAAAUGUACUAUUUUCUUUAUGUUUAAGGACCGUCGUCGUGUGUGCAACUCCGAUCCUGUAUCUUGGCACCUACAUGCAAUAGAAGGUGUUUUUAAUAUUCUAUCCAGUGGUUCCGAAGAGCUGUCCCAUCUCCACAACGCCGUACAAAAAUGGGUCGGAAGAAGAUUCAAAUUUCGCGCAUCACGGACGAACGGAAUCGUCAGGUGACCUUCAACAAAAGGAAGUUCGGGGUGAUGAAGAAGGCGUACGAACUGUCGGUACUGUGCGACUGCGAGAUCGCCCUGAUUAUCUUCAGUUCGAGUAACAAGUUGUAUCAGUAUGCCAGCACCGACAUGGACAAGGUUCUUCUCAAGUACACCGAGUACAACGAACCCCAUGAGUCCCUCACCAACAAGAAUAUCAUCGAGAAGGAACAUAAGGGUGCCAUGUCUCCAGAAAGUCCGGAGCCAGACGCGAUCGAGUACAAUCUCACACCGCGCACCGAAGCCAAAUACACCAAGAUCGACGAGGAGUUUCAGCUGAUGAUGCAGAGGCACCAGCAUAACGGCACUCGGGGACAAUCUAAUUACACUCUACCUGUAUCCGUACCAGUGAAUAGUUAUGGCGAAUCUCUACUUGGAUCUAGUCCUCAAAUGGCGCAUACCAGCAUUUCUCCAAGACCGUCGUCUUCUGAAACAGACUCAGUAUAUCCACCCGGAGGGAUGUUGGAAAUGAGCAAUGGUUAUCCACCAUCAGCAUCACCGUUAGGAGGUUCACCUAGUCCUGGACCUUCACCGGCGUUAGGAGUCGGAGGGGGCAUUGCAAAUAAAGGCAAUAAUCCAUCUAGACAUUCGCCACAACCUCCGCCUCCACCACCACCGCCUCAUCCUCAUAGGACUAAUCUUCGAGUAGUUAUUCCAACACCCCUUACGCAACCUCUUUCUGAAGACACUAGUUAUGAUAGUGGUCAUGCGCAAUCGACAUUGAAUACACCAGUAGUGGCACUACAGACACCAUCAGUUCCAGCUGGAUAUUCUAGCUUUGGACCAACGGAUUAUUCCACAGAUCUUGGGAGUUUAGCAUGGUCUCAUCAGAGGUACGUUGAUGACUUAUCAAUGUAUUCGGCAGCCACCAUGUCCAGCAUCAGUGGUCUUCCUCAUCUAGCUGUGUCGAGUAGUACGCCACCACCAGCUACGUCGCCAUUACCAGUGAAAAUAAAAAGUGAACCGAUCAGUCCGCCAAGAGAUCCUCAUGGUGGAAACAGUGGUUCGAGCAGCAGUGGACCCAGCAAUACCAGUAAUCUUCAUCACACAACUCUGAACGUUGGACCGUCGUCCAGUACCGGUGGACCACCCCCGCACCAUGUACCUCAUCCUGGGCCACAAUCGUUGAAUCUUGUGUCGAGCAGACCGAGCAGUAAUCCACCGCCAUCUCAUUCUGGUAGUAUAACACCGACGAACUUACCGUCACCAGGUAACGGUACCGUCGCAGAUAUCAGAACAAGCCACUCGAACGCGGGUGGGAACGGUGGAAAUAACUCGGACUAUGAAAACGGGCCGUUGAUGAAACGUUCCAGGAUCACUGAGGGCUGGGCGACUUAAUGUCAAUCGUACGGUUACGCUCGAUCGUUUCAUACCUCUACGUACAACGGCGUAUAGUGCUUGUGAGAGAAGUUCCAGGACUCGAAGUUGAAAACUUGUUAUGUACACACACGUUUGACCAGUUUGGGUUUAGGCGCGUAUGUGAGAACGAUCCUCGCAGUCCGCCUGACUGGUGGACGGAAACACAAAUUUGUUUAUAUUUUAAAGUCCACCCACAACACAGAAAAAAAAACACAUUUGUUUGACGAUUAAAUACGGUGCCAUAAUGUUGAAGCGUUACACGUAUAUUAUAUAUAUAUAUGUAUAUGUACACGCAUAUAAUAUAUGCGCGUAUAUAUAUGUUAUGGAUACAUAAAUAUAUAGAUACAUAUAUAUUCAUGUAUAUAAUACGAAGUUGUUUGUAUAUAUGUCAUAAAUUCAUUGUCAUUUUCUUCGUGAUAUGGCAUAUUGUGUCUUUGAUACUUGUCGCUGGGGCGAGGUUAUUCCUUUUUGAACAUAAAAAAGGAAAAGGAAUCAAUAUAUUAGAGAUGUUAAAUUGAACCGGAAGCAAGGCAUUUUGGGGGAUAAGUGCAUCGACAACCGAAUUUUUAAGAGCUUGCGAACGUCUAUGAUUUUACGGUUUAGAGAUUUACAAAAUAAUUGUACUUUGUUACUUGUUUUUUUUUUUUUUGUGCGUUAUGGUAGGUAGACAAAUCGCGGCAUAAUCCGUUAAUUGAUGUUUUACACACGAAUGCCGAGAGCGAUAAACAUAAUUUCUCUCUUAAUUGAAUGCCUAGUCAGAGAAUAAUGAUAUUCGAUUAGUGUAUAAAUUUUGUCUUACAAUUUUUAUAAUCGCAACAUUUCUUUCCUUUGAUGAAAACCGUACUUUUAUUUUAAACGAUCAGAAUCGAUCGUGUCUAACUUUUAUUAUAAAGAAUAUAUUAUAUAUAUACAUAUAUACGUAUCGUAGAUCGUCUAAUCUUCGUUUUAACGAUUCAUUAAGUGUCAAUGAUUUGUCCUUAAAUAGUAAGGUUUUCUCUUUUUCUUUUCUUUUUUUAGCGAACUAAUUAACGGUCUAUGUCCGCUAAUAAAACUGAUAAAUGAUAAUCGGCUGCUGUACUCAAAAUAAUUACUGUAGAAAACACAAUCGGAAAUUAAUAUAUUGAUUAUUACGAGGUAAUAGACGAGAUAUAUGCAUAUUAUAUGUGAAAUAAGCAUAUUAUAUAUAGCGUUGAUUAUUAAAAAAAAAAAAAAAGAAAAGGUAUAUUCACACGAACUCGCAUAUGUAUACAUACGUACAUAUGUUAUAUACAUUUUCCACAAGUAUUUUGCACAUUUGAUAUGAAGAAAGAAAAAGAGGUAACACGGAAGGAAGAAACUUUGCAACCCUUAAAGCCUAAAUCAUACACAACGAGAGCUUGUGUUUCAUGCAAGCAUGUAUCAUCAAAUAGUAAUGUUAAAUGAGAACCAGCAAGUUCAUUUAAAUCAGUGUUUAGGUUAAAUUCUCUCAUUGCACACAAUUUCUCUAUGAUAAUUAGAAUCACAAUGAAAAUGAAAUAUAUAUAUAUAUAUAAAAAAAAAGAAUAUGUAUUAAAGUACAUACGUUGUAAAAAUAUUUCUAUAGAGAAAAUGAUAAUCGUUUGGCAAGAGAGGGUUGCAAUUGUAAAAUACAGAAUUGUCUUCUUCCUAAAUUAAACCGCUUUGAGAUGGUCUCAGCCUAUGCUUUACUCAAUCUCAGGAUAUAUCCUGGUGUGAAACUGCUCUCAAGAGUCGUAUUUGGUACAUUAAUGUAAUUAAUUAACGUAAUUAAUGGAAUACACAAACGGUAUAUGAAUAAAUAGUGCCUGGCACCAUUUGUGGCCCUCCUUCGGGUUGACUUACCCAUGUUGUCUGCACAAGAUAACUCGUCGAUGAGUUUGGUGUUAAGAAGAGUAUAUCAGUGAGAAGAUACAGAAAUGAAAUAAAAACUAAGAAGCAAGAGAUAAAGUGAUGGUAGAGUAGUACAGGGUGGGACAGUAUAAAGUUUGUUGUACCUAUAUUACAAUUAGAGGAAUUGUGAACUCUGUUUUAAAACGUUCUCUCGAUGAAUCGGCAACCUGGGAAGUCAGUCUAUAUUAUAUUGUAACCGAAGAUUAUAUAUGCGUACGUUAAACAAGAAAAAGAGUCAUAUAAUCUUCGAUAUUAAUUUGUUUCUUUACUAACGUAUAUUAGAAACGUAUCUGAUGACUGUACGAACAAUCGGUGUGCGAAACAUAAGAUACAAUGUAUAGUCACUAAUGAUUAAUCACAAAUUUUUAAGAUGAUCACAAAGUGCAAUCUCUUAGCCAACACACUUUUUUAUCAAAGAAAAAAAAGUAUAAAGAAAUUGUUAUUUUUCAUAAAGAAAAAAAGUAAGAUUUAAUGUAUUAAAAAAAAAAGUAUAAUGUAUAUAUAUAUAUGUCUCCACUAGUUAUUAAACAUUUUCCUAUUGAUGCAAAAUUUAUUGUAUUUGAACUGAUAUUAUAUAUAUAUAUAUAUUAUAUAUAUAUAUAUCUCUCUGAACUUAAGUGUACAUGCCUGAAUUAAAUCCUUGAAAGAUAAUCUGCGAUACUUUGCAUUGGUUCUAGAUCUUAAAUCGUAACAGGUGGAUCAUCGAAUAAUAUAAUUACUUGUUAAUUAUAUUAUCAAUUACCUGAUACUGUACAACCAUUUCUUGGCAGCAGCAUUUCGAAUUCAUUAUUUUGUGCUUCGUUUGUUCGUAUGAUAAGAACAUUUUGCACAAAGUUUUACAUUACUGAUUUUUGUAAUAAAUAAGAAAAUUUCUAUUGAAAAUCUUAAAUGAUUUUUAUGGCUAUUUCAGGCACAAGCGAUCCUGUAUAACCAGCGAGUACAUUAUUGAUCCUAAGUUUGAAAUUUACUCAUAAAACGUAUAAAUACAUCAUUUUAUAUAUAAAUUAAAAUUAUCUCUCUUUGUCUUUGUUUCAUUUCUGAAACUUACGAUUCAAUAGUGUAUAUAUGUAGAAUCAGUUCUUCUUUGCAUGAAGCACAAAAUUCAUUUAUACAGUGUUAUAAGUCGUGUAUUGCAUACUAUUCUUUCGUAAAACUGUAAUUAGAAUUUAUUUUCUCCAUUAAUCUGCUUGAGAGAAGUUGUUAUUAGUCGAUCCACCGAUCCACCUUUUGAUCUUGUUACAAAGGUGAACGUCGCGAUGCGUAAAGCACAGGGCAAGGAUUACAUUUGCUUACCGAUCUAUUUUAUUGUAAGGAUACACACGAGAAAAAAAAAAUUAAUGAUACGUAGUGGUACCUCUAAAGGUAGGGAACUUGUUAAAUGGUGUACGUUAACGAUAAAUUGUGCGUACAUUUUAAUGUAUAUUUUUAAUAUGACGAAAUAUGCGUAAGUUACACAUAUGUACACACAAGUACACAGGCGACAAAUUCGUACGUGUAUCCCUUUUUCAUCUCAUCGCAUCUCUCUAUCUCUCCCUCUUGGCGGGCACAACCGAAACCUGUGCGAAGAAGAGAACAAAUUGGAGCGUAUAUCUUCAGUCCUCUAAAAGCUCUUGUUAAAUGUUUAACAAUUUACAAUUUAUAACUUGUUACCAGUGUGAUUAAUGUUAAUCAGAGAUUAUUUACUUAUUUAUUAACUGUUAUAUACACAUAUAUAUAUAUUUCUUGAUCUACCAUAGAGAAGUAUGGUUGAAGGAAGACUCAUAAAACGCCCCGUCAUUGAGUUCACUCUAUUGGAAAUUGAGGAUCCUCGGAACUCGUUUCAGUUGUAUAAACUAAAUGAAGAUGAUAAAAAAAGAAAGGUUUCCUUUUAUUCUCUAACAAUAUCGAGGUGUACGGUUGUGCUCGCCUGAGAUACACAAACGAAAAGAAAUAUUGAGAUAUAUAUAUACACGUAAAGUGACGUCGAUUAUAUAUAUAUAUAUAUAUAUAUAUUAUAUACAGUAGUUGAAAACUCAGAGACUAUUGAAGUUGUUGGAACCGCUGUGAACGAAAUGGACCAUCAUUUAGAACAUGUUGUCGUAUGCAAUUUAAAUUAGACCACGAGAAUAAACGUAGAAAACCAGGUAGAGCUUUUGUACGGGAGCAAAGUUUGUUGGACAUGAUCGUUAAGUGAACAUUUUUAUUGGGCGCGUACAGUCGUGUGAAUAGUAGCCUUUUCUCGGCGAAGGGAAGUGUAAUGGGAGUGGCUAAACAGCCGACGCGAGCCGAACUGUGCCGAAAGCGAACCCGAAUCAGUCAGACGAGAGGUGGGGAACGCCUUCCAUCGCUCUACCCUUAAUCGGCGAAAAUCAUCUAUGCACACGAGUGUACGAACUUAAACGGAUGCUCGUUUCGAUUUUUCCAUCCCUCCCUUAUCUCCUCUUCCACCUUCUUUUCGAUUCUUCGACGAUCUCGAAGAAUUUGCGUGUGUAGUUUCGAUUUCGAAUAUUCGUAUACCGCGCGAUCUUAAAAAGAUAUUAAUCAUUUUAAAAAUAAUCUUUUAUACACUCGGGCGUAUCAGAAUAUUCGAAAUAAGAUUAAUAAUUCACGAGAUACUCGGAACAACUUUGACGCUUCGAUGUUGUAGAAUAGAAGAGAGCGUAGAGAGACAGUUGUAAAUAUAGAAAGAAAAAAAAAAUUUAGUUUAACGAAUCGAUUGAUUAACCUUUUGUGCCUUCGAGACGAAUCGCGUUGCGAACUCUACUGUCGGGAAUCAAGGUAUUUUAAAGCGACAUUUUUCCAUUUGAAAACUUUGAAACGAUCUGAAUUGAAAGAGUACAAUUUUGAAACGGGGCUCUUCCUAUUCGAUUCUUAGUAAGAACAUAGAGUUUCACCGUUUACUGUAGAAACACUUUGUUGGAGAACGUUUUUAAUAUAGGAAUUCGUUCGCUAUGAUGGUGAAACGUUAGAAAUUUUCAGUCUCAAAACUCCUAUUCGUUCACGAUCACCAUCAAUUUACAUAGAAAACGAACCGUCCCGAUGAUAAAGUGUUACGAUCGUUCGCCACGUUAAAUUAGCGAACGAACUUAUCGGAAAACUUAAGAAUUUCUCUCUAUUUGUCCUCGUUGUUAAACUCGUGCAAUUGAGUCACGAAAAAUCGAAUCGAGCGUCCGAAUUCGACGACGUUGUAACUCGAGAGGCGAAGACCCCUGUGAGUCAAUGGUGUGAACGGUGAAUCAGGGUCGCAAAGAUGCACAAGUAUCGGUUAACUCUCGCACACAGGUCGUAAAACUGUAACAAAAAAAAAAUAAAAUAAAAAACAAUACAGUAAUGCUCGGUGAGUGGUCGCAAAUUUUGUGGAGUCUAUACAUCUCAUUAACGAUGAAGCAAGUGUUAACGGCCCACCGAGAUAAAAGUCAUUGAAAUUUUAAAUUUUCUACUUCACACUGAAUUAAUAUUAUUAAUAUUAAUACUGCAGUGUGAGCAAUCGCUGGAACACUAACGGAGCAUUACUGUAUAUAAAGGAAAAUUCAGAAAAUUUAAGCGAACAUACUAGCCACAACUGUUUUCACCGCGAAGUACAUGAACGUACAUAAUUAUAUGUAUAUACACAUACACAAACAGAUACAUGCGCGUAUAUAAGAGUAAGUUUUAAAUACUGAACAUAUCUGUAAAGCCACGUAGCAUCACGUUUUUAAAGGUGAUCCAAAAUACACACCACUAUUUUAUCGUGAACCAUCGGUCCGUACGUUUUCUGGCUGGUUUGACCGUCAUUCGAUGUUGAUUCGUUCUGUAAAUAAAAUAGGGUAAAAGAAUGAAUGAAAUAAGAAAAAAAUUACGUAUAUAUAUAUAUAUAUAUAUGUAUGUAUAUGGUAUAUAAAUAUAUAGGAUGAACCUCGCACGAAGAGAUUCUUUUUCACAUGAUCGAUCGAAGCUUGAAAACGCACGGGACUACUUGUAUGGUUAUUAAUAUACUUUCUAAAUAUUAUAGGCAUAACGAUACUGUUAUUUGUACGAUACAUGUAAUAUGUACAGAGGAUUGUACAUCGAAAAUAGUUUCUCCUAUUCUUUUUUCAAGAUAUGAAAGAAUAUUAUUUGAUGAAAUUGUAUGGUGUGUGAAGAUUGUAAUGUGUUAAUAAUAGUUUCUUCUGUAAAUGGAGAUUUCAAGGAUAUUAUAUUACUAUUUUCUUAGCCUUAAUAAGUCAUAAAUAUUGUAAUUGUUAAAUUACUUAUAUCUCCUAUUCAAUAUUUUUCUAACAGUAAAUUAUUUUAUAAAUAAUAUUCUUCCAUAUUGUUAGAAAUAGCAGAAACAUUUUCUAUGCACAAAGUUAAUGCCCCGCUUUGUAUAUGUACAAUUAUAAGAAAAGAUCGUUUACGUUGUACUGUUAAAGAGCGACCCAUCGAACGUCGAGCGGGGUACAAUGAAAGGGAGGAAAAAAAGAAUUAAGAGAAAAAAAAGAGUAAAGGAAAAAAAUGGUGUAUAAAGGUUUUUAAAUAGACAACACACAAAUACAGACAAACACAGACACACGUACUGUAUGUAAUACCGAAGUUUAACCGCGUAACGUGCUAUAGAUAUUAAACUAUUAUGGCGUAUAUUAUAGUUGUGCGUUUAAGUAGACUAAUCGAUCCGUGCUGAUAAGCGGAGAGAAUAAUAAGAUUUUUUCGUAAUUUGUAUAGUGCCAUUAUCGUGAAUUUCACCGAUCCUCAAGAGAGACGAACCGAUUUUUAUUAUUUUACGUUCAAGUUGCCUCCGUUUCUUUCUUCUUUCUCUUUCUUUUUAUUUCUCUCCUGUUUGCUGUUUUCUGCUUCCCAGAUUAUCCGAAAACUCUUGGUUUACAGGCUCGUAAUCGGUAUUGAUCGUCAAGAUCGUUGUACAGAACCGCGAGAUGAAUCUUUUCUCUGAUUUUGUUUCUUCGUUGAAGAAUGUACACCUAAAACGACAGAAAAUAGAUUAAAAAUAUGGCCGAGUAUGUAGAAUGGUAUCGGCAUAUUUGUCGCGUGAAAAUCGGGCACCUACGAGUCGCUUCUUUCAUUUUGAUCUCGAUUCAAGGAUGAAUACUAGUGCAAUAUUAAUGCUACUUAAAAUUAAUUUUUAGUUACUUUUCUUUCUGCUACCUUACUGUAUCAAAUUUUUUAGUCUUUGAUCCUUCCAAAUCUCUUCAGGGAUUUUGAACUUUUUCUUUUCGUUGAAAUUAUACAGUAUAUUAAUAUUUCUGUGAUGUGUAUAAAAUCAUUAUUAAAAGUACUCGCCAUUGCCCGAUUUAAACGUGAUAACAUUUAACGCGUAUUUCUUUGGUGCUCGACAUAUCCGGUCGUUGUUACAUGUUAUAUUAUUGUCAAUACGUUAUAAUAAUAAUAAUAAUAAUAAUAACAAUAACAAUCUAUCGUGAUUAUCAUCAUUAUCAUCGUUGUCUCGCUAUUAUUACUCUUACCGUUAUUACCACACAACCAUUACCACUACUAUUAUUAUUACUCUACUACCGUUACUACUACUAUUAUUACUACUAUUAUUUGUAUUAUUAAUAUUAUUAUUAUUAUUAUCGAUCAUGAACGAUCAUACCCGUCGUAUCGCCUAUUGCUCGGUCAGUAUGAUGAUGAUUAUUAUUGAAAUUCAAGCGAUGAUAAUCGAAAAAAAAUUAUUUCGUACGGUCACUUGUGUACAUCACAAACUCAAUCACACACGUACACGAACAAUAUGCAGAAACACAUAAUUACGUGCAUAUACAUAGGCGCGCCCCCGAGGAACAUUGUAAACACACAUUGUGCUAUAUUUCAGUGUAUCAAGUGCAUAAUGAUAUGAUGUUUCCCAUAGAAUACAUUUUACUUGGUUUUUA